GCAUACGAAAACAGUUCUAGAAAAACAAAUUUAUCUUUCGAUCCUCACUUCAACAUUAAAUUGUCAAGAUGGCUUUACCAAUAAGUACCUCUUCAACUGAAACUAGAGAUCUUUUGAGAAUGGAGCGCGUCGGGGCACAUUCGCACAUUCGUGGUUUGGGAUUGGACGAUGCUCUCGAACCGCGUCCUUCUUCACAAGGAAUGGUCGGUCAAUUGAAAGCUCGUAAAGCAGCUGGUGUUAUUCUGAAGAUGAUUCAAGCUGGCAAGAUCGCUGGGCGAGCUGUCUUAAUUGCCGGUCCACCUUCAACUGGUAAAACUGCCAUCGCUAUGGGUAUGGCACAAGCUCUUGGAACUGAUGUUCCUUUCACCAUGCUGGCCGCUUCAGAAAUCUUUUCACUUGAAAUGAGCAAAACUGAAGCCUUGACACAAGCAUUCCGUCGCUCUAUCGGUGUCAGGAUCAAAGAAGAAUCAGAACUUAUUGAGGGUGAAGUUGUUGAAAUUCAAAUUGAUCGAUCUUUGACAGGAGGGUCCAAGACCGGCAAAUUGACACUCAAAACAACAGAUAUGGAAACAAUAUACGAUCUCGGCAAUAAAAUGAUUGAUGCGUUGAAUAAGGAGAAGGUGAUGGCUGGUGAUGUUAUUGCUAUCGAUAAAGCUUCUGGACGCAUUUCCAAGUUGGGACGCUCUUAUGCUAGAGCUAGAGAUUAUGAUGCCAUGGGAUCAGAUACCAAAUUUGUUCAAUGUCCUGAGGGCGAAUUACAGAAGAGAAAGGAGGUUGUACAUACCGUAUCUCUUCAUGAAAUUGAUGUUAUCAACAGCAGAACACAAGGGUUCUUAGCUCUUUUCUCUGGUGAUACCGGCGAGAUUAAAAGCGAAGUGAGAGACCAAAUCAAUACAAAAGUUGCUGAAUGGAGGGAAGAGGGCAAAGCAGAGAUUGUUCCCGGUGUUUUAUUUAUUGAUGAAGUACAUAUGCUUGAUAUUGAAUGCUUUUCGUUUCUAAACAGAGCCUUGGAAGAUGAUAUGGCUCCAGUUGUGAUAAUGGCGUCCAAUAGAGGCAUCACUAACAUUCGUGGAACAAAGUAUAAAUCACCACAUGGUAUUCCUGUCGAUUUGCUCGAUCGUAUGUUGAUAAUCUCCACUAACCCUUACGAAGAAAAGGAGGUGAAAAAUAUUUUGAAUAUUCGAUGCCAAGAAGAAGAUGUCGAAAUGACGGAUGAUGCUAAAGAUGUCUUAACACGUAUUGGAACAGAAACCUCGCUGCGUUAUGCAAUUCAUCUUAUUACAGCUGCCAACUUAGUUGCGAGGAAGAGAAAAGCACCAGAGGUCGAUGUACAAGAUAUUAAGAAAGUCUAUUCACUUUUCCUGGAUGAAAAACGAUCAGUUCAAUAUUUGAAGGAUUAUCAGGAGCAAUACAUGUUCAAUGAACACAAUAAUUCUAUGGCAGUUGACAAUGCCAUGGAAAUGUAAAUUAUUUUCUAGAUAUAACAUAUGUAUAUGUCGAGUCUAAAAUUUCUUUUAUUACAUUUUAUGAAUAAAGUCAUUUAAAAAAAAGGAAAGGUUUAUACGAAGCUUUCGUAAUAG